AUGCGUAUUAGUGUAAUAUCAACAAAAGUUAUUCAAAUUGGACAUCAAUUAGAAAGUAAAAGUAAUCCUCGUCAACAAUUAGUUGAAGCACGUACAACAGCAAAAUAUCUUGAACGAUUUUUGGAUGCAAACGAUGAUGUCAUUGGACUAUUUCAUGAUAUUUCAAAGCUUGAGCAAGCGGCACACGUUAUUCAUCAACUUUACAAUGUUUUACAAGAAUUACCUGAUGAACCAAAAUUUAUUGAUGCAAAAACAAAAGUGAAAGAACGAUACAUGGCUAUUGAAGAAAUGUUGUUACAAGAAUUUUCACGUGCACAAGUUCGAAAUGAUAAAAAAACAAUGAAAAAAUAUAUUAAAUUACUGUCUAAAUUUAAAGGUCAUAAUGAUUGUGUACAAAAUUUUAUCACAGAUUGUUUAAAGGGUUAUUUUGAUAAUCCGAAUAUAGAUAUAUUCGAUGCUAUACCACAAUUAUUUAUAAAAGUAUCCGAAUUAAUUAAUGAAUUAUUUGAUCAACCGGAAAAAGUAAUUGAAAAAUUGAUCAUAACAGUUUACACAGAAAAAUUAGCUCCAUAUGUUAGAACAAAACUUGAACCAUAUGAACAAAAUCCUGAUUUGGAAAACAUGGAAAAAUAUCUUCAAACACUCUAUUUAUUAAAUAAAAAAGCAUCAAAAUUAUCAAACGAUUUACAAACACAAAAGAUUAGUGAUGAUCCAGCAUUUUUACACAAACUAAAUCAACAUGUCUUUAAAGUGUAUUUGAAAAGUUAUAGCAAAUACGAAUUAAAUUGUUUAGAAGAAAAAUUUCAACUUCAACUCGAAAGAAUUGAAGGAAGUAGUGGUGGACAGAGACGAAUUAAACAAGCUGGAUUAACAAGUAUUACCGAUAUAAUUCAACAACGAUUAUUAAGCACUAAUGAUCAAGUUGAUGAGUCGAGAUUUUCAUCCGAAUUAGGAGCAGUUUUAUUAGAUGAUUGUAAAACAUCAAUGAAUAGAAUAGCAAUGUUAUCAGAAGGAUUUGAAGCAUCAGAAAAUAUUUGUCAAUGUUUUUUACGUUUAUUAAAUGCAUUGUGUGUUCAACAUGUUGAAAUAGAAUUACAAUUUAGUCUCAGUGCUAUACCGGGUAAUGAGCCAAGACAAGAACCAGAUAUUAAAUUUUUUCAUGCCAUAUUACAAACAAAUAAUAUCAUACAAUUAGUUGAACGUUAUUUUGUUUUCAAUGUUGCACCAUUAUUGACGUAUGUAUUUAAAGAUUUAUUUGAAUUUUUCUGUUGUUUUUAUUAUUUAAAUCUAAUAUUUAGUGGCACACAACAACAAUCUGUUAUUUUGCAAACAAAAGAAAAAAUAAUGAACCAAUUGGAAGAAUUGAUUAAUACUGGAGUUGAUAAAUCAUUGUCCUGUAUAGUUGGGUUUAUUCGAUUUAUUUUAAAUGAACAGAAACGGUCUGAUUUCAAACCGGAAACAGAUCCUCUUAUAACAGAAUGUUCGAACGUAUGUAAGCGUGUUGUUCGAUUUGUUGAUACACAAAUUGUUCGACUAGAACAAACAUUUGAUGGAAAAAAUUUGACCGACGUGUUGAAUGAAUAUGGUAUACGAUUUCAUCGUGCAAUAACUGAUCACGUAUUCAAAUUUGAAUAUAAUAUUGCCGGUGGUUUAAUGAUGUUACAAGAUAUCAGUGAAUAUAAAAAAUGUUCCAAGAAAUUUCGUAGUUCAGUGGUUGAACAAUUAUUUACAAUUUUACACGCUUUAGUGAAUCUACUGGUUGUUGUACCAGAAAAUUUAAAACAAAUUAGUACUGAGGGACAUUUAGCAUCGUUGUCACGUGAAAUAAUCGAAUCAUUCGUACUGUUACGAGGUGAUUAUAGAUCAGCUAAAUUACAUAAUUUUAUCAGUUUAAACGAUUAA